AUGUAUGAAAUUGUUAUCCUUCUAAUAUUCCUGGUUAAGUUUUUUUUUUUCAUUUUGUUAACUUCCUUGCUCUCAUUUUUUAUCAUCUUUCUCCUUCUCCUCCUCCUCCUUUGUGUUACUUUUUCCUUCAUUUUCACUUCUUCCAUCUUCUUUCAUCUUCCAAGUUUUUUUUUCAUUUUGUUACUUCUUCCAUUUUCUCCUUUUUUAUCAUCUCUUUCAACCUCCUCCUCCUCCUCCUCCUUUAUGUUACUUUUUCAUUCAUUUUCACUUCUUCCAUCUUCUUUCAUCUUCCAAUUUUUUUUUUCAUUUUGUUACUUCUUCCAUUCUCUCCCUUUUUAUCAUCUCUUUCAACCUCCUCCUCCUCCUCCUCCUUCUUUACAUUAUUUUUUCCUUCAUUUUCACUUCUUCUAUCUUCUUUUUGUCCUCUUCUCCUUUCUCCUCUUACACUUGUUUAUCCCCCUCCUCCUCCUCCUCCUCAUUCUUAUCCUCCAUUACUAUAUCCUUCUUUUCACCUCUGUCAUUCUCUCCUUUUCUAUCCUCUCUUCCUCUCUCUUCUUACUCCUCUUUAUCCCCACCCUUCUCAUUAUCAUCUUCCAUUACUUUUUCCUUCUUUUCACUUCUGUCAUUCUCUCCUUUUCUAUCCUCUCUUUCUCUUCUUACUCUUCUUUAUCCUCACUCUCCUCCUCCUCCAUCUUCAUUCCCUCUCCACCCUAUCUUCUUCCUCAACUUUUUCAUCUCCAUAUCCCUCCUCCUCCUCCUUUUCCUUCUCUUCCAUCUCUUACGGCCUCUCCUGUGGGCCAGAGUCCGUACAUUGCUGUGACAUUUUCCAGUAUCCUUUGUAACAGUGUCAAGUGUAGGGAGCCCUUGGAAGUGUGGGGGACUUUUGUAAAUGUAAGACCCUUAUAAGGCGGCUUUACACCUGGCAAUUCCUGGCCGGCAAUACACCCGCGACGAUCUAGCGGCUAGACCGCCUGGGUGCUCUCGGGAGCAAGUACGUUCACACGUGGGAGGAGCCGCCGGGAGCAUCAAGACGUAAACUGCUAGUAAAUGCAAGGGCAUGAAUUCAUCCCAGACACCCCAAAAGGCUACUACCAUAUCUUAAAACCACAAUGAGUUUGGUCCAUUAGCCUAAUAUUGUAGAAAUACUUUUAAACAAAUGAGUUUUAUCAUAAGUAGUAUUGAUUGAUUGAUUGAUUGUUUAUUGUUGCAUUUAACGGCAAAGGAGAAGGGAGGAACGUGCCAUCCCAACCCCCAGGCAUUACAUCGUGUGAUUAUAUAAUACACAAAAAUAAUCGUUCCUUACCUCCUUCGAUAUCUCACAAAGAGAUAAACAUUUCCCGCAAUGUUGCUGCCACUCUCUCAAAAGUUGUUUUGUGCAGACUCUGCCUCUUGUAGAGCUUAUCUUGUGGGUCCCACAAGUGUCGAUGCUGCCUACUUCCUCUAGCAAUGCCACCUCGGCCUCCCGGCUCCAAAUCUUGUUAUCUGCAUCUGUCAUUUCUUGUUUUAUUGUUGCCGACAUGUUGUUUACCCAGCCGCCAGUCGGCAAUACAAGACGGACACGCUCAGCUGCACAGAACUUGCCGCGAGAAUAGCUCCCAGACCCAAACCCAGACCAAAAAUGCUGCCAGCAGCACGUCGCGCCUGUAUUGCCAGUCACGAAUUGCCAGGUGUAAAGCCGCCUUAAGUGGCCCUUUGUAAGUCUGGGGUCCAAAACCUUGAUUGUUCAGAGCCAGAGAUUGUACAGUAAAAGGACGAUAUUCUCAGACACCUUUGGGCUUCACAACAUUUAUUUCCAGUUGGCACAAAGAUUAGUUGGGUUCCCAUGAGUGUUUUUUCAUGUUUGUGGUGCAGGAGCCUUGUCAAACUAUCACCAGGCUUAUAACACUACCCAUGGACAAACACUUGCAACAACCUCUUUGAAAGUCUUGUUAAAUGUGUGUGUGAGCCCCAAAAUGUUUGAGAGUAUGGGCCUAAGAAACAUUAGAGCAAGAGAGACACUUUUUUACUAUAUGAACAUGGGUAAAGGUUGUCAAGAGAAAGAACAUCCAUUUGUCUUUGUAAACUUGUAUGGUAUUUGCCUUUGUUAAGAACUAAACCUUUGAAGAAAACCUUGACUUGUGUUAGUCAGAUUUUUAUUUGUGGUUCUCUUGCUGUAACCCAUUUGUCUUGGGAAAUUCAAGUUGUGUUUGCAGGGGCAUGUGGAGGGGGGGCAGCUGCCUUCCUUGAAAAUCUGUUAUAUUUCUGUUCACUCAUUUACAAGUUGCUGCAGUUAUUGGUACCUGUAUGUGUCCUUCCUUGUGGUUAACCAAUGAAAAUGUGAAAUUUGUUGUAUAUAUGUACAGGCUUAAGACACAUUGGCUCUGCACCCCCUUGAAAAACUACCUGCAGACACACCUGUGUUUUGUAAGGACCCCAAACUGUGGCUCUCAACCGGUGGUCCAAGACUGAUUGAUUCCUUGCCGGUGCGCAGGACUUUCAGCAAUAAAUGAAUGGGUCAUAUUUUAAUGAAGAAUAUUAAUUCUACAACAUAUACGUGAUCUCAAAAUUCUGUUUACAAGAAUCAAGCCAACUGUAAGUGGCGUGCUCUUUUAAUUAUUUUCCAUUUGAUUCUGUAAAUAAGAAAUUAAUCUUUAACCAAUUUGAGUGUUGGACAUUUUAUUUCCACUCAAAGGGAGAGUCCACAAGCUUUAUAUUCGUGUGAUGGACUGUGGCCUGGAGCAAGUUGAGAACCUUUUGUUAGGCACGGAAAUUUACAAAUCACAUGAGGUCUUUUUUGCGUGUUUCUGUGUCAUCAGCAAGGUAGACAAAAUCCUUUGAAAGAAGUAAACUUCAAUAUUCAGUUAAAACCGUUUUACUUAUGACACUAUUUUGCUUUCCUUUGUAAACUAAUCCAUUAUUUUCCAUACUAAUCCUUCUGUUAAUUUUGUUGUUCAUGUAUGUAUUAAGGGGCAACAUUUAAGUGUCUGCCUGUGCCAUUGACCUGAGUAUUGACGCGUCUGCACACUUUCCUUUGCAUGUUCCGGUGUUCCCAAAUGAGAAAGUGAACCAAUGUAAGAUUUUUGGGUCGGCAUUUUCAGAUGCUGCCUCCUCCCACAUCAACUAUUUCCAAGGGUCAAAAAGGUGAUUUAUCGGUUUCUAAUGAGUGUUUUUUCAUGUUCUUGGUACAUAAGAGGAGCCAAACUACCACCGGGGUCAUUAAACUACCCCUGGAAAUGCCCACAACUCCCAUGAAAGCCUUGUGAAAUGUGUGUGCUUGGAUGCCGAAAUGUUUAACCCAGUAGCAGCGGGGAUCAUGUUUCUUAAUGGUCCCUCUAUGCGAGAAAGAUGAGAAAAAAUCAUCACUCACACAAACCAUUUCCUAAUAUAUAUCAAUGCAUUUGUGAUCAGUUUAUGCAUCAUCUAUUUUGGGGGGUUUAUAUCAUGGCACAAAUUUGGCCCGGCGCUGCUACACGGUAAAGCCACAAAUUUGGCCCAUCGCUGCUACACGGUAAAGUCACAAAUUUGUCCCGUUGCUGCUACUGGGUUAAGAAUAUGACCCUUGGUGUCCUGUGUUGGUGUCUCCCUCACCGCCCAUGUUCACGCUUAUGGAAUGCCGACACUGCAAGUAAAUAUUUUUUGUACUAA